CCAGAAUCCACGUAUAGCGCACCGGAAUGGAAUUGCGAGUACCACCCAGAUUGCAAUCAAGGGAUACUGAAGAAUUUUUACCAGUGGCACGGGUUGAUGUCAAGCAGGACGACACGAGCGCAAAGAUACAGACGUCAGUACUACCCUACUAUAUAGCACGACAUCGUAAAAUGGCGGACAGUUGUUUUACACAUGCCAGGGGGAAGGAACAUGGUCUGAAACACAUUGACAUACGCAAAGGAAUCUUGGCACUCUUCUGGAUAGUUGUCUUUUUUGUAGUUAUGUGCAUCCUGUUCACUAUGAUCAGUGAUCUAAUCAUAGCGUACGUCGCGAUGCCAGUCGCUACUCAGAUCAAAGCGGAACAGCAGUCUCUGCGUUUCCCAGAUGUGACAAUCUGCACCAAAGUACCGUUUUAUGUGGGAGCAGACGAAGACAAACUUACUAAUAAAUCCGACUCUGAUAGUUUGGAUGAAAUGCUCCUUGAAAUGAGAAGGGCGAUUGUGAACAAGAUGCGGGAUUCGGCGGUCAAAAUCACAGAGGAUGGAGUGACUGGAGCCUUGUUGAUACAAAUGGUUUCUAGGCAAGAUGACACACUUUUGCGGGCCUAUCAGCACUUGAUCUAUUGUCGGUAUCAUGAUGGUCCGUGUUCAUUCUACAACUUCACCGAAAUCGCACACCUACGUUACGUUCAGUGUUUCACGUUCGCGCCAAACAACCGCCUAAUCAGUGCGGGCAAGGGACUUCAGUUCAUUUUUUAUCACAAACAUGGUAGUCAGCGACCGUUUGUGAUGUUAAACGACCUGGAGGACCCUAUUUUCACGAAUGCGAUCAACGAUGGAAUAAACGUGUUCAUUCACAAUCCUGGUACCUUCCCCACCUACGCAAUCAGUAGCAUGCCAACCAGUUUUUCUCUACGCUAUGGACAACAGGCAAUAAUAGAAGUCUCUGGAUUACAAUAUCAAUCGGAUCAGAGUGGACGCAAGUCGUGUGCUCUCUCUCGUGAACCGUACAAGUACACAAAUUUUCGUGGUGGUGCAAACUACCUUGAGUAUGCUUAUACCUACGAAGACUGUAUUGCAAACAUGAAACAACGAUUCAUAAGGGACGAGUGUCGAUGCUAUUCGGAUAAUCUGUUCGUUCCAUUCGAAGGAGCUGACCGUCAGUUGAAGCCUGGCAAACAAGAAGGACGUGGAAAUAUCAAAGCGUUCUGUCGCGACAUUCGUCAAAAGACAUCACAGCGUCUGCGUGGAGAUUUCCUCUGCUACGAUCAAUACGAAAAUAUGCCCACUACGUCGGUAUUGGACAAAUUCGUUCCCUUGGAUAAACUGUAUGAUACGAGAGAAGAUUUGGACACGAGAAAAAUUGAACGUCACAAAAUCUGUAAUCUACUUUGUCGGAAAGACAUUUACUCAACUCGGUUCUUUGAAGUACUUGAACUGGAUCCCAACCUGACUUUCUCACCAGCUCUUCUCGAUUCCUAUGUGAAGCAGCUCUCUGCCAGUCAACUUGAUCAACCAAUUCUACAGGAAUUCAUGGAAAAAUACGAAGGUAUAGACAAGAUAGAUAGCAGUGUGCAUCUACAGGAGUUGAAAAUUAGUGACCUUAUAAUUGUGGACAUACGACUUGCAAGAGAACUGAUCGAUGUGUGGGAAGAAGAACUGACCGAGUCACUGUUCAACCUGAUCAGCAACCUUGGAGGGACGCUGGGCCUGUGUGCUGGCAUAAGUUUCCUGAGCAGUUUCUUUUUGCUCUGCUUUUUUGGCCGCGCAUUCUUUCAUGCAUUCAUGAGCUUUGUCUUGUGGUUUUGGUGGUCUGUCUAUUUGGGCAGACCGCCACCAACCUCGCUAGCCACAGAUCCAAAUCUGGGUUUCGUACAGUCGUCGGUCGGGGAUCUGAGCUAUUCGAAUGAGCCGGAUCAUUCAUCAAAGGAUCCCGGUUCCUCCAGUUCGCUUCUGUUAUCCAGUGUGAGCUUAUGGACGUCCGGGCUUUCCAAAGGGAAAAGUAAUAUGCAAGCACCAGAGCAGAAACCUAAGCAAGAUGACCUCACGACUGGCGACCAGAUGGAGACGAGUAGCGAGGAUAAACCGAGAAGUUCCACGCUUUCCAGUGUACCGCCUAUUCAACGGACUAUGGCUGUUACGGAGCCGAGUCAACGGAGCUCAUCCCCAGAGAAAAAAUCAGGAAGGCAGAUUUUUCCGUCGCGUAUCAUGGUUACACAACCGGAUAAGUCCGCUGUCCCUCGUCAACAGGAAGAUAAAGCAGAUCACGAAGAGAAGGGGAUCCCGUCACAGCCCAGUGCACCGGAGCCGCCUGUGGUCACAGUUCGUCAUCACAAGGACAAACAAACUGACCGAGAAGAUACCCCACUUUUUCCGCGGGCCGAUGUACCACAACCGGUUGUGAACGCAGCGCAUCGUCACGAGAAAGGGCAAGCCGACCAGCCUCAGGAUCAUGAGUUCGAUGGACCACUUACCGAUCGCCGUCUAUCAGCAGAACCAAUGGAUAGCGAUGACGAUGAUGAGGAAGAGACUACAUCGAGUGAAACAGAGUCUCACAUGGAAGACCCCGGGCUUGUGCCAGAGCAGUCAAACCUACGGGCAGUGGACAAUGAGGACUAUGAAACGAGUUCUGAGAGUCAAAACGACUUUUUAGUUCGUGAUGACCUUGUACCCUCAACACCAAUCAGAGACUGGGUUUUGAGAGGUUCGGACCGAGAGCAUAACCCGGACUUGGGAGAAUCCACAGAAUCGAAUAAACACGUUCAGGAGAAGGACCGGGCAUUCCAAAACAGGAGGAAUCCGGCUCACAGACCACGCAGACUACCCGAGAGCACCGAACCGCAAAAAGUGCCCAACGAAUCGGAACUACCUCGUCCCAUAGACUUUCUUUACAGACACGAUAGCGAUGAUUUUCCACCGUUUAUCUACGAUCCACCACCACCACCUCUAGUCAGACGACCGUUGGAUGGAGCCACUGGUCGAAGGGUCUACAUGCCGGAGGAAAGGAGUUUUGACUUACCACCGCUUCUCGACCAACAGCUGAUCCCUGAAUACCUGAGGGCACGCUACUAUGGAGAUCCACCACCAUACAGUGCACAGUGGUAUCACAAAUAA